ACCGAACCAAAUCGCGGACUCAGUGCGCCCCCAAGUAUUUUGCUUGUUUAUAGGUUUAAGGGGUACAAAAUUCCAAAUGAAUUGUGUGACUUUGAGUGAGUAUACUUUAAGACUAUGCUAGAGGGAUAUUUACCUAGCUUCUUAUGUCAAUAACUAUAUUUUCACAUAUUCCAUGCUUUGCGUCCAGCAACCAUAUUACUUACUUUGGCCAUUUGUGGCAUUUAACUAUGAUUUGAUUUUGAGGACCAGCAGGCCCUUAAGGUACUAAAUAAAAACCACAUAAUGACACUAUGUCCAGGAAGUUCCUAUAGUAAGCAAUUCACACAUUUGGUGCAGUCAUUCAUCAAGCAUCCAUUUACUCUAUUAUAAACUAGGGCAACUUCAGAGAGAUUAGACUGUGGUAAGUGCAACAAAUACUAAUCAUUAGAUCUCUUUUUGACAAAGCCAUUCAUGUGCGUCAUUUCUUGACCAGUGCUUUUUCCACCCACCUACUAUAUGUCUUUUAGUUCAUCCUUGGUCCCCCUAAUCUCUCCUCCCACUUAUAUAUAUUAUGCCUCUAUUGUUGUCUUUUUAUUUUUAUGCCAUAAUUUGACCUUUCAAUUUAUCUCUCUGAUUUCUUUACCCUUAUAUUUAUCUCUUCUGAAUGACAUCCAUUUCCAUUUAUUUUUGCAAUUCUUCUGUUUAUGACAUCUUGUUCUGGGAUUUUCAUGCUAUCAGUCCUUAGAAUUGUCUCUGCGUUUCUACUUCCUCUCUUCAGUCUGGGUUUCCCCUUCCUCCCACACUUGCAUUUCUGCUCUCUAUAAAUCAGACCAUGGUUUCACACUCCUGACAGAUCUGUUUCUCACAACCUAUCAGCUAUUCUAAUAUGCCAGAACCAAAAGAUACCGCAAUCAUGUUUUUGUCCAGAAUGAUCCGUGUCCCUAAGAGGCUGUUAUUGAGAGGACACUUAAUAGGUGCACUCCUGACCUUCCUCUGCAUCAUUUGCCCUGCAAGUGGCAUACCAACUCAGAGAGAUGUGCAGCAAACACCGAAGGCUAAUGAUCAAAAAGGUAAUCAAAUAAAAUUUAAAGACACUACAAACAGAAAACCAGCAGCCCAUUUAGAAGCCAAUCCCUUCAUCAAAAACUCUUUAAACUGGAGGAGUGAUCUUGACAACUCCUUCAUUUGUUGUGGCCUGUUACUUAACAACAACACCCUGCAUAUCACCAAGAAUGGCCUUUAUUUUGUGUACACUCAGGCCACUUUCAGUGGGAACACCUGUCUUGAAGGUGACUCUAUCUUCCUGUCACAUAGUGUGGUGCUUGACUCCAAGCAAUUUGCAGAAAAGACUUCACUACUGAGUGCACAGAAGACAGCUUGCAGUGAGCAGCGCAAACAAGGCAUGCAACGAGAGAAGGGCAGUCUGGUUUCAAAGCCCCAUGCAACAGAAACCAGUGUGUUAUGGAGUAGAUCUAUCUUUUUGGGAGGGACAUUUGCCCUUGAGAAUGGUGAUAUACUGUAUACUGUGACCCAGGGACAGAACCAUCUUGCACUAUAUCCUGGUGAGGCUUAUUUUGGUCUCUAUGCCUUGUGAUAUGAUGUCACGCCUCAUUCAAAAACUUCUUGUACAUAAAGGUAUAGGUCACGUUUCACAGUUAGACACUUUUGACAGAGCCCCAACCAGGAAUGGAUUGGGAUUUAAAAUAUGCCCUGGUCUUCCAAGUACUCUACAUAAUUGUAUGGCUACAAAAAAAAAAUCCCUUUUAGCAUAUUAUAAAUGGGGGAGUUUUGAUUUUAUUAUUAUUUAUGGAUUUUAUAUCCUGCCUUUUUUUGGAUUGCAACUAAAAAGGCUAUAUGUUGUUGUACUAACUGACCCAGGCAAUUAAAACAAAUUGACUGUGAGUCUUCAGUUUUAAUAUUUUUUGCUGCACAACAAAAAAUGUAAAUAAUCAGGUUCAGGUCUAGUAACCCAUAGCAAAGCAAUCAGAUUUUUUAAAAAGUGCUACCUGGCAACUGGUUGCUAUGGGUUUUCAAAACAAAGCCAUAAUUAUCAAGUUAAUUGUAUAAGCUAUACAAACAUGUUAUUUAUUUAGCUAUUUAUUAAGAGUAAUUAUGGAAAAUAGUCUCCUUGAUUAUGUGCGGAGUAUAGUUCUCAAAAGUUUAUUCUUUAAAUUGAUUAAUUUAUGUUUUGUAUACUUGUUUAUAAGUAACAAAGAAGCAUGCAGUGAAAACAAAGCAAGAUUCAGUGUCCAGACAAGACUUUUAUUGGGAGACAUAUUUUUUGGGGGUGGCAGUGUGUCCAUGCAUGGGCACACUCCUGCACCCCUUAGUUCUCUUGCACUUCUGCCCAGAGGCAUCAUCGGUGACCCCCCCCACCCCGCAUUGUCUUUUCAUGGGCCUGAACAGACUGCGGCUUUGGAUAGAUAACAUUAAAUGGAAAUAACAAAAAAAGCAAAUGGCA